AGUCAUGUCACGGUAACGCGUACACAUGGACGUCGCGAACGGUUCACCGUCGCUGCGGCUGCGCGGUGGCGUAAAAUCCAACGGUGAUAACAAACAUGAGUUGAACCAGUGCACGAGUGCCAUGUCCCCGGAGACGCAGCGGCUGCUGCCGCCCACUACGGAGACUAUCAUGACUAAGCCGUUCCCUAUACGAGGUGAACGAGCAAACUAUGUGAACAUACCUCAUGUAAUCGCUAUGGUGGGGCUCCCCGCUCGAGGGAAGACUUAUAUAUCAAAGAAACUAUCAAGGUACCUAAACUGGAUAGGUAUCAACACUCGAGUGUUUAACCUCGGUGAGUACAGAAGACACGCGACAACUGCGUACACCAGUCAUGAGUUCUUCCGCGCUGAUAACAAAGAAGCCAUGGCGAUCAGGCAGCAGUGCGCGCUGGACGCCCUGCACGAUGUCUGCGAGUGGCUCGUCAAAGGGGGCGAAGUAGCUGUGUUCGAUGCAACCAACUCCACGUUAGACAGGCGGCGGAUGAUACGUGACAUAGUUGUGCACAAAAUGGGCUUUAAGUUGUUCUUUGUGGAGUCCAUAUGCGAUGACCCUAGGAUCAUAGAACAGAAUAUUAUGGAAGUAAAAGUGAGCAGUCCAGAUUACACAAACAUACAAGACAUGGAUAACGUUCUGGACGACUUUCUACUCCGGAUAGAACAUUACAAGGAGAGGUAUGAGCCGCUGGACGAACGGCUCGAGUCCGAAUAUAGUUUCAUGAAGAUUUAUGACACUGGAGAGAAAGUUGUGGUGCACAAACAUGAAGGUCACAUACAAUCGAGGAUUGUAUAUUACCUGAUGAAUAUACACAUUGUACCGAGAACCAUAUAUCUAACCAGGCACGGGGAGAGCGUGCACAACACGCUGGGCCGCAUAGGCGGGGACAGCUCGCUGUCGGGGCGCGGGGUGCAGUACGCGUGCGCGCUGGCGGGGUACAUCGAGCAGCAGCAGAUCCCGGGGCUGCGCGUGUGGACCUCGUGGAUGCGGCGCGCCAUACAGACCGUCAAGGACGUGCGCGCGCCGCAGGAGAGGUGGAAGGCGCUCAACGAGAUCGAUGCCGGCAUCUGCGAGGAGAUGACGUACGCGGAGAUCCAAGAAAAGUACCCAUCAGACUUCAACGCUCGCGACCAGAACAAGUUCGCGUAUAGAUACCCUCGAGGGGAGAGCUACGAGGACCUGGUGGCGAGGCUGGAGCCGGUCAUCAUGGAGCUGGAGCGGCAGGGGAACGUGCUCGUCGUGUCGCACCAGGCCGUCAUGCGGUGCCUGCUGGCUUACUUCCUCGACAAAUCUGCAGAGGAACUUCCGUACCUCCACGUGCCCCUCCACACUGUGAUCAAACUGACGCCGGUCGCGUACGGAUGUCGCGAGGAACACAUCAAGCUGUCCGUCGCGGCCGUCGACACGCACCGGCCCAAACCCACUGUGGACGAGCAGGACGGCUCCGCGGAUGUGACGUACGCACAGAGUGAAGUGACCCAGCAUGACCUAUAGACAAAGUGAUACCAGCGCCCCCUAUAACGCCGCCUACACCGCCCGCCCUCAACGGGGACUCGAACGGGGAGAGCGAGGAGAGCCAGUCCCGCUAACGAGUAUUUACACACUGAUGUAAUAAAUUAGGACUUCUAAUUCUGUAUAGUAAAUUAUAGUCAUGACCAAAAUGGGUGUAUAAGAAUUAUCUAAAACUAU